GCCGAGGUUUUUGAAUGCGGAAAAUAUGGAUAACUCGUUUACGAUGGAAGGCCCUUUAAGCAAAUGGACUAAUCUCGUCAAUGGUUGGCAAUACCGUUGGUUUGUGCUUGACAUAAGCCUAGGGGUUUUAUCUUAUUACACGUCUAAAGAGAAGAUGAUGCGGGGCGAUAGACGUGGAUGUGUAAAGUUAAAAAAUGCUCAAGUUGGGAUUGAUGAUGAAGAUGAUAGUACAUUCACCAUAACUGUUGAUCACAAAACAUUUCACUUCCAAGCUCGUAACUCAGAUGAACGUCAGAAGUGGCUAGACGCUUUACAGGAGGCUAGGGAUUUACAUACGCAGAAUUAUGCUCUUCUGAAUCAGACCAAUCGUUUACUGGAACAUCCUUGCAGCCUUUCCGAAUUCGACCGUCGUAUCGUAGAGGCAGAUGCUUUUUUACAAAUUCUCAUAGAUCAACAUGAGCAGCUGGUCAGUCAUAUUCCAUCGUCCGAUGAAUGUCGGCCGGAGAUUAUGGGUGCUGUCACUUUUCGGAUGCAAAGGCUUAUCGAACUGGUGAAAAAGACAAUUGUAUGCCUCCAGUUUGCCAGAGGUUCAGUCAAUAGUUCAUAUCGUAUACCGAUUACUUUGAAUGACAACAUUGUUUCUGAUGCAGUUGACAUUCCGCAAACUUUACAAUUCGAUACGUCUAUAUCAAACAGUGCUUUUUCUACAUUGAAAGUGAAAGAUUAUGAUUUAAAAGUACAUGAGAUAAAUAAUACAUUUAUGAACCUUCAAAGUGGUGAAGGUGAUGGUGAAAAUCCAUUCACUUCUUGUCAAGAGUCAUUAUCUAAUGCUUCCCCUAUUAUAACACAGAAACUUUCCAGAAAACAUUCUACUCGUAAUUCUCGACGUUUGGAAAAAGGAAAAUUACAUAAGCGGCCAUCUUCUACUACAGAAUCAUCCAUCGAAUCCCAUUCAAUACGUUCACAUCCUGAGCAGCUAGCUACUAUUUCUUCAUCACUCCCUAAUGAUACUGUGAUUGUGAAAAGAUGCUUUGAUACAUUAGAUUCACCCUCUUCUAAUUAUCCACCAUUGUCCAUUCCAAGAAUGCCAGUUAGGUCUUAUUCUUCUUCAGAUGAUGAUCAGGCUCAAUUGGAUCAAGAAGAAGAGGAUGAAGAAUUCUUUGAUACUCAAGAAGAUAUUUCUGUCAACUGCGCAAUAACAAAUUCUCCACAACCUGUCAAGGAUAAUACAAUUCUAAACAUGCAUUCAAAUCCAACUGUGCCUGUAAUGAAAUCUGGUCGUUAUCGUUCAAGUCAGUCAUCAUCAAAUAAUCAGACGAAUUCGUCUUUGGAUGAUACCUUCGACGAAUUGUAUGAUGAUGAAAAAGAAGAAGAGUUAGGUUCUGUGCAAUCUCACGGUUCUGUGAUAACACAUCUCCUUUCUCAGCUUCGGAUCGGAAUGGAUUUAACUAGAAUCACUUUGCCCACAUUCAUUCUCGAACGUCGUUCUACACUGGAAAUGUAUGCAGACUUUUUAGCACAUGCUGAUUUAUGGGCUGUUAUUCCUAAUGCAUCGACGCCUCGUGAUCGUAUGGUUGCUUGUCUUCGGUGGUAUUUGUCUGCAUUCCAUGCUGGCAGACGAUCAUCAGUUGCUAAGAAACCUUACAAUCCUACAUUAGGUGAAAUAUUUCGUUGUUAUUGGCCUUUAUCUGCAGAGAGUGGAGAUGAUUCGACAAAUGCAUCAGAAAAACCACAGGACAAAUUAUAUAAUUCUGGUCCUGUUCCUUGGGCGCCUCACAAUUCCGUAGUCUUCUUAGCAGAACAGGUCUCACACCAUCCUCCUAUAUCCGCCUUUUAUGCUGAACAUGUUAAUAAUCAAAUAGCUGUAGAUGGACACUUGUGGACUAAAUCAAAAUUUCUUGGUCUAAGUAUAGCUGUAGAAAUGGUUGGUUCAGCUGUCAUAUCAUUACUAAAUCAUGAUGAAGAAUAUGUGGUUACGUUUCCAUGUGGAUAUGGCAGAAACAUUCUCACUGUUCCCUGGAUUGAAUUGGGUGGGAAAACUAGCAUCACAUGCUUAAAAACUGGUUAUGUAGCUAAUAUCGAGUUUCGAACAAAACCUUUUUAUGGUGGUAAACGGGAUACUUUACGUGCUGAGGUUUUUGGACCUAAUGAUAAGAAGGCAUUUUUUAUUGUUGAAGGUGAAUGGAAUGAUAAGAUGUUAGCGAAGUGGCCUCAUGGUGUAAGUGAAAAAAGCAGUUUCCCAGGUUGUUCUUUUACCUUUUUUAUUAUUUUGAGUUUAAUGCACUAUACUGUGAUCCAUGGUUGGUUGAUUUCAUCUAACCUGCAGUUGUAUUGUUUCAGUGGAUGUUAGUAAGUAAGCGGCAAAAGGUUCGCUAAUACUAUGGAACAAUUUCAAAUAUAGGAAAAUCAUAAAUGGAAGACUCAGUAACCUUAUGAGGAAGGCUCUUAAUUCAGUCAGUCAGUCAGCUACAACGUGGGACUAGGCACAUCUGUGCAUCCGUCCAAGUUGCCAUACCGCAUUAGCACAGCAAGAUGAACACCGGAUUCAUAGUAGUUACUUCAAUGGGGUUAAUAUAUAGAAGGAAGAUUGCAUAUAAGGACAUAGUACAGGAAGAAAGGGUUAGUUCGUAGAAAGAAAGAUAUGAAGUGAUUUUAAUCUCAUAGUUUAAGGGAAAACCGAGAGUGAAUACACCGACGUCAUUGUGAUCGAUCCUGAGCCAUGUCACCCAGAGUUUCCAACCACUGUCUACGAUAGUCGCGCGGACCCCAACAAAGUAGUCUGCGUCCACCAACAUAGAUCAAACCAGAAUUUAGUCAUUUUAUUUACUAUGUCACGUUUUGGUGUGGCCUCCCCUGACUUUCUUCCAAUCAUCUCCACCACCGGUUAGCAUUGCACGUCGUGGUAAUCGGUGUUCAAGCAUACGCAACACAUGGUCCAGCCAUCUCAGUCUAUGAGAAUUCACAACCUCAUCAACUGAUUUACCAUCAUUUCCUAAUACCCUGAGUCUAACCCACUACUACUUACCCGAUGAUCCCAGCAGACGCGAGCAAUAUUUCUAAGGCAUCUGUGGUCAAAUACUUGUAGCUUACGAGUAUAUUCAGCUCUUAAUGGCCACGUUUCACAUCCGUAAUAUAGAACAGAACGAACUGCCGCACACUAUACUCGUCUUUUAUUUGACAGACCGAUAUCUCAUAGGUGAGGUAAGUUGCAAAAAGUCAAACGAGCUUUCUGAAUCCAUGCAAAGCUUUCGUCAGACACCAACUCAUUAAAGCUGAUCAGUUUUACAAGAUAAGUGAAGUAGUCAACGCAUUCGACUACUUCACUCACCAUGCUUAGUUCAGGUGUUGAUGCAGACCAGUCCUAAAGCAACAACUUGCAUUUGAAGGGAGAGAAGCGCAUUCCAAACAUUCUGGCAUUGUUGCUUAGUGCUACCAAAAGACUGUAUUUUAUCAGCUACUCUACCCAAUAGGACUACGUCGUCUGCGUAUUCAAAGUCGAUAAGUGGACCUUGCGGAAGGAGAUCAAUGCCCAAGAAUUCAGUCGACGAGAACGUUAUUUCCAUCAGUAGGUCUAUGAUGAAGUUAAACAAAAAUGGAGAAAGUGGACAGCCUUGACGAGCAUCACUUGAGGUUGCAAAGACAGAUGACAGCUCGCCAUAAGCUCUGACUCGACUAUUAGUGUUCGAGUAAAGAGCCUUCACGAGGUUUAUGUACUUCUGAGGUACACCUUUCAAUGACAGACACUGCCACAGAAUCUCGCGGUCUACGGAAUUAAAUGCUGCUUUUAAGUCAAGAAAGACCACGAUUGUCGGACGCCGGUAAGUAUGCCUGUGUUAUGGAAUCUGACUAAUGGUGAAUAUGUGGUCGAUGCAGGUGCGACCAGGUCUGAAUCCAGCCUAAUUUUUUCGUGUUUGCAGUUCACGAGUCUACGUUUGGGGCACGAUGGUUAUUGAGGCUAGUAUUUUAGAUGCUAUGUUAGUCAAACUAAUCCCUCUAUAAGUAUCACAGGAUGAUUUUGACCCGUUCUUAUGUAUUGGGACAAUCAGUUAUGGUAACCAGUCAGAUGGGAUUAUGUGCAACUCGCAGAUUUUAGCUAAAAUAUUAGUAAACCUAAUCGCUAAAAUUGGGCCACCAUCCUUAACGACCUCGGAGCAAUCCAUCUGGACCAGCUGCCCUUCAUCGUUUCAGAUUAAUUAUAGCCUUUUGAACUUCUGCUAGAGUUGGGGGACCUACUUCAAUGUUCCAUUCAAGUUGUAUGGGAAUGGUGUGUGGUUGUACAUUAGCUGAAGGCCAGCUGAACUGUUCUCUAAAAUGUUCGGCCCAUCGUUCUAAACGUCUGGACUAGGAGCAGAUGUGAGUGUCGUCUUUUUCCGAAAUGUUGUCACAUACACUUGACUUAUUAAUUCCAGUUUCUUGUAUUGGUGGUGUCUUGUGUACCCUAUAGCCCCCGCCUUUUCCAUCUCUUUUGCUUUCGUUGCCCACCACUGUUCAUGGUCGUUCUUUAGACAUUUGCUUAACCUAGAUCUGAUUUGUUGUCGCUUUUCAUCGUGUUCAGAGCCUGAUGGGAUGUUUACGAGAAUCCAUCAGUGCAAUAGACCUUGAAGAAAUCCAUUGGUUCUUUGUAAUCCUGUGUUUUAAAUCACUAAUCGAUGUCACUGCUGUUUCCGCAGCUGCUUGUAUAUCAUUCUAAGCAACAUGUGGGUCAGCCUCGUUUCCAGAACUACCUAAGUGUGACCUCAGUUGUUCCUGGAACUUACUUUUUGUUUUCUCAUUACUCAAUUCAGUUCUAAUGGGUCUUUUUAGUGUGGCUUUUUGCGUACAGCAAGACGCUUGCAGAUGCGUGCCUGUAUUAGAGCAUGGUUAGAGUCCAAGCAGGUAUUCCAGAAUGAGCGACAAUCUUCUAUCAACCCACUCCAACGAUGACUGGUAGCAAUCUGGUCUAUUUAAGUCAAUUUUUGGUUUGGUGCAGGUGGUCGCCAUGUUAUACGAUGUCUCUCCUUAUGCUUAAAAUUUAUGUUUGCUAAAAAUAAACGAUUGUCUGAGCAGACGAUCACCAUUAUCUGUUCGCUGUGCCGGAAUACCAAAAUACCCACCUAAAUGUUUUUCUAUUUGGUUUGAGCUACAUAUCUGGGCAUAAAAGUCACCUGCUACAAGUACUAUAUCUGAACGUUUAGCUGCUUGCUGAAGAAGUUCAGAGAGCUUUCUGUGAAAUUCAUCUUUCACUUCAUCCGAGCUGCAGUCAGUGGGAGCGUAGGCAGAAACGACAAAAAGGCAACAAGAUGUAUCCCUACCCUUUUCGAGUGCUAUGCAGACACCCGCUAGUCCACGAGAACUAGCCUACGGGUCGCCAGAUACAGGGGGGUCUCGUCGACUUUCCCUUUUUGUCGAUGUGAGGUCAAGUGAAUGACCACACUAGGAUCCUGUGUAUGUAUUUCAGAGGCACAGCAUACAUCAAUGGUACGAGAUUCUCGGAUUUUAGCCAAGGAGACCUGCUGACGGAUUUGACACAGUGUGAGUAGGUUGAAGGUUCCAAUGUGUAGUUUGGAGCAAGGUUUCAGUAGACCUGGGGCAGUGUUUUGCGCUUUAGAACCGUUGGCCAUAGUGACACUUGAGGAGGAAGCCAAAAGAGGAAGUUUAUGGUUGAAAGUCGAUGUAGGAGGAAUAAUAGGAACUGAAGAGGGAGGUUGAUUAUGAAUACAGUAGUCUUGAGUGCUGUUAAAGGUAUGAGGGCGGUUAUCACUUCCCGGUUGCCCACACCGUGGUAUGGUUCUUCUGGAGGUACCUUAAAAGGAAAUUGGAUUAGAAGUGGUCUUAGUGACCUGAGAGCGUGAUCACAAUGCCCAAGGGGCAAUUGCUUGAGGUCAGUCACACACGACCUUUUUAUGGGCAGUUUUUGUGUUAGCUCCGUAUUUUUGGGACCUUACCGCCAGAGACGGAUAUCUGUGGGAUAAGGCGAAGUGUGUAUUUUUAGGGUCUACCUUUUCUUACCCCACCCCUCCUUGUGGAAAGACAGCGUCGUUGUUAUGCUGGUUAUCUGAGGGAAACAUCUUACUGUCGUCACACCUCUGCACAGUCAGCAGUACGACUCCGCCUUCGGACCUUGGGUUUGUUGCUUUCAGUCUUACCGUUCUCCAACAGACCUGUCUGGCAUGUUAGGACCUUGAUGAACGAUUGUUCCAGCCAGUAUAACCCAUCUGGUUCAACACGAUAAGUAAGCACGACCACCACGUCAAGAUAGCAACAACGAUCGGGAGGUUCUUAUUGAUUGUGUAGGCAUUCUAGAAGUAUAAAAUCAGUCAGGCUUAAGUAUAUUUAACCUGUUAAAGUUAGAUAUUUAGAAGCGAGUGAAAGAAAGACUACUAAAUCUUUAAGUCAAUCAAACACCUGUGUCAGUCAUCAAGCACAGAAUUACCAAAGUUGACAAACUUGAUGCUAGUUUAUAGUAAUAUCCCUGGUCUGUGAUUACUGCAGGUAAGAGUUCAUAAUUUUAUUAGCUUAGGCCCCAUUUCCUUUGUAAGUCAUUAAUUCGAUUGUUUUCGGUAUUAUACUAAAUUUUUCUGGUCACGUGGUUCGAUGAGGAUAUUAGCUGUAGUUAUUAUUUUGUAAUCGAUCUAUCUGUACUUUUUGUUUUAGGUCAUUUAUGAUCAUGUACAUAAAAUUCAGAUGUCUUUUAGGAUUUUUUUAUAUUGUAGAAAAAUGAGUUAUUCAUUGAUACCCGUAACCUACCAACUGUAAGAAAACAUGUACUUCCUCGAUCUCGCCAAGAAGAAAAUGAAUCAAGACGAUUGUGGGAGGAAGUGACAUAUAAUUUAAAAGUGGGUAAUAUCGAUGCAGCAUCAGAUGCUAAACAUCGUUUGGAACAGCGACAACGAGAUUUAGCUCGACAGAGAAGAGACUCAAAACAUACAUGGACACCAAAAUACUUUCGUGAGGAGGGAGAAAACUGGAUUUAUAGACAUCCUUUAAUUCAACGCCUACAUCAAUCACUCAAUCAAAAUAGUUCUACCACUGAACCACAAACCAUCUCCAAAAUCACGAAUUUAGCAUGUUCACCGGAUAUAGUUGUUAAUCCAGUUUCUUGCAACAACGCAAUAACUGAUUCUCCACAGAUAGUUCAUGCUACUACAACUAAUUCUUCAAUCCCUGUAAUUGAAUAUUUCCCCAGUCCAUAGUUUAUAACUUCAUAUGAUUUUUAGAAAUUACAGUUUUUUUCCGGUUUAUCACAAUUUAUGUAAAGCUUGACAAUGGUAUUUGUUUUGCUCAAUGUGGGGAUAAUAUGUAUUUUUAAGAUCUUUUUUCCUUCUUUAAUAUCUUUUUUUAAUAUUUCAUUGUCUUUGUUCUCCGCACUUAUUUGUGUUUCUUUCAAAACCAGUUUCAUUAACGAUUUUGACUGCAUAUUUUUCCAGUGGUUUUACACUUAUCCUCUCUCUUCUAUCUAUAAUUUCUUAAAUGGUGCUUGGAUUGAUUACAUAUUCAUUCCAUAGUAAUCAUAAUGCAAACGAUAUUACCCCCCUUUUGGUUCUCUAUUCAUCUUGAGUUUUUUCUGUUAUCUUUCACUUCUAACAUUCAAUCCUGUUAUUUAUUAUUUACUUUUCUAGUUUGAUUUUUUAUGUUGAAACUUUAUUGAAGUAGAUGCAUUGUACUACCAUGUUUUUCUCAUUUACUUUCAUCGUUUUUUUCCUUUUAAGCUUCCCAUAACUUGUUCGCUUGUUUGUUACUUUCCUUCUGUACAAAGAAAGUCAGGAAGAUGUAUUAAAUGCUCUGACUGUGGAAUAGUUACAUGUGUGUGUAUCAUAUGUAAACAAGGGUCCUACUAUUUCUCUGUAUGAUCAUAUUUGUUAUGCAUUAUUUAAUUUGUGUUAACCUGUCUAGGUGGAUAACUAUUUUCAGUAUUUAAAUUUUUCGAAUGUUUGAUUCUAUUUUUGCUAACUCAUCGUUUUCUCAAAAACCGGAGUUACAGCCGUUACUAUUGUUUUCCAUUUUAAAUAUAGCUGUUUACAGAGAUGUAACUUCAUUCGACUCAUAUCAAGUAUAAUAUAGAUAUAUUCUGCUUUGUCUCAA